AGAGUCAGUCGCUACUAGUUUAUUUUUGGACGUGGGCCAAGGAAAACGUGGGCAUUGUUUUAUUGUUGUGUUUUUAAAUUGCUUUUCAUUUAUAUAUUUUUCUCUUUAUCUUUUGAAAGUAAUAAUAUAGUGAUUACUGUUAAAAUACAUAAGUUAUAAAUUAUUCCAACGUAUCAACUUUGUUUUAUUAGAAGAAAAAUUAAAAAAAAAUAUAUAUAUCCGAUAUGGCUGAAGGAAAUCGAGACUCUGUGCGGGUAUGUAACAGAAAACGUUGAACAUAUUUGAACGUGCAAAAAAGCUAAAGAAAUAAUUGAUAAAAAAUGGGUGAAAGAAGUGGAUAAGUGGACCAAUUCCGGAGGAAAUCUCUUGCAGAAAAUAUGGACAACAAUGUGUGAUAGGCCGAACCUCGCUCUCUGCAGAUACACAAGGGCUUUCGAGGAAUUAACUCGAAUUAAAAAAACAAGGCUCCGUAAACUGCAAUGUCCUUUUACGUGGAAAAAUAUAAGUGAAAAUGAUUUAAAUUCAGUUAAACAAGAUUUGCAUCAUGAUGAAGCAUUUGUACCACUAAUGUCCUUAACUCGAUAUUUAAUAAUCAGUUAUGCACAGUUUUUAAAACAGGAUUAUAAAUUAGCUGACGAAAAAAUUGAAGAAGCAAAUAAACUGAUUUCUCAGUUUAGCAAUUCGGAAAAAGAAGUCGUUGAGCAUAUUUUAGAAGCAACAAAAGCUCAUUAUUUAAUGAUAAAAGAAAAUACCGAUGAAGUUGAUGAGAUAUUAAAAAAAAUCAACAAUAUUGAUGAUGAAAAAUAUUUAAGUACAUUAAAUGUAUUUAAAGCAGCAUUAUGGACACAUUGCAAUGAUUUUAUAAAUACAACAGAAAUUGCCAUUGAAUUUGCUAAACUUUCAUUGAAAUACAAUCCCGAAUAUGCAAUAUCACAUUAUUUUCUUGCUAAAAAUUUGAGAACAUUAAGAAGAUUAAAAUCAUGUCACACUUCUCCUGACGAUGAAGAGAUGUUACAUUUUGAAACAGCUUAUAAACUUGAUAAAAAUCCUCAAUAUGGUCUUUUUCUUGGUCAAGCUUACAAAGAAAAAAGGAUAGAAUACCAAAAGAAAAUGAUGAAAGACGAAGAGAUAAUGAUGAAAAAAAAAGCAAAAAAUAUUUUAACUGAAAUUCACAAAAUGAAUAUUAAAUGUCCCUCUAUUAAUUUGCGCUUAGCUUUAUAUUUUGAGCAAAAUUUUUUAUUAAAUGAGGCAAAAGAAUGUUUAGAUUAUGUUGAAUCAGUAACACCAGAUGAUUCAAUGUUUCUUCAUUAUAAAGGACUUUAUUUUAUGAAAAUGAAAAAUUAUGAGGAGGCAGCUGAAUAUUUAAAAAAAACAUAUGAUUUGAAUAAUUAUGGUGCUGAUAUUGGAUAUGCACAAUGUAUGCGAAUACUAAGGAAACGUUUUGAUUUUGUUGAAUAUUUUUUAAAGAUGAUAGAGAAAUAUGAAAAUAUUGAAAAAUGUAAACAAAAAGAAAUGCAUUUACAUGUGGCUUUUACAUAUUUUAAUAUUAAAAGAGACAUUCGUGAAGCAAUUAAAUAUUUUUUACAAGCAUUUGAAAUUGAAACUUUUGAAUUUAAUAUGGAAAAAUACUUUUAUCCUUUGGAGGAUGUUAAAGCGAAUAAUAAACAUACAUUUGGUAUAAAUGUCUAUAAAUUUCUUGAGGACAAUAUAUUUCCAAAAAUUACUGACUACAUGAAAAAUAAUACAAUAAAAAUUCCUGAGGAUGUCAUUGCAGCAAAUGAAAAAUUGAAAAAAAUAUGUGAAGAAUAUCAUCAACAUAAUAGACAUAAUUUAUAAUUUGAAUAUUUUUUUUUUUUUUUUUUGAAGAGAGUUUGUAACUUUUUUAACAUUUUAUAAAUAUAUAAUUAAUUCUAUUUUUUAAUUGUACUUCACGUGCAAGACUUGAAUUUUACAAUAAAAAAAGUAUGUACUAAAAUUUAA